AUGUCGCCGUCAGUUUCGAGGAUAUACCAGCAUCACAGACUCAACAUACUGCGGACCUCGUAUGUCCUAUUGCUAUUCGCCACGCUUCAUAGCUUAAGCAGCGGCUCGAGUGCAAAAAAGGCGGCUAAAAGAGUUAUCAAAGAUGAGAAGAGGCGUCUGAGGUCGGUGUCGGAUCUGACCACUGGGUCAGAGGAAACAAGUGCGGAAGUGGCAGAAGGCGCGGAACGUGGCCCUGGUAAAGAUACGGACUCGGAUAGCGGUCGAGGUGGUGAUCUAGAGGAGAGCCGGGAGAGCCGGCUUGAUGAGGACAAAAAGAGAAGACGCGACAGUAGCAGACAGUUUGUUAGACUCAUACUCAGAGACAAAAAAUGUCUGUUCCUUUUCAUAUCGCAGGCUGUUCUGCUAGUGAUAAGAACCUUUCUGUCACUGAGGGUAGCCACGUUGGAUGGUAAGUUGGUGUCGAGCCUCGUGAAGUCCAAGUACUCGAAAUUCCUGAGGAUUCUUCUGGGCCAGUGGAUGGUUCUGGGUGUGCCGGCAAGUUUCAUCAACUCGCUCAUAAGCUAUACGACAAAGCUUUGCGCUGUGACGAUGAAUAGAAGAAUAUCGAAAUUCGUGAUCAACAAAUAUCUGAAGAAUCACCAUGUUUUUUAUUCCGUAGCGGCUGGAGCGGGAACCACCUCUGAGAUUCAAGAGCAUCUGACUCGCGAUAUUGCUACUUUUUCAACGAAUUCGUCCAUGCUUUUGAAUCAACUACUGAAGCCGAUGCUAGAUUUAUUGCUCUGCUCCUUUAAGUUGUUAAUCUCAAAUUCAAAUAUGAUGGGUGAGGGCACCUUAGCCCUUGGUUUGAUCGUUUAUAUCUCCAACUUCUUCCUUAAAAUGAUUCAACCAAAUUUCACAAAAUUAACAAUGAAAAGAUCGUCAUUAGAAAGUUGGUUCAGAUCAUUACACUCGAAUAUUCAUUCAAAUAACGAAGAAAUUGCUUUAUUGAGGGGUCAGUCAACGGAAUUAACGAAUCUGGAUUAUUCUUUUUAUCAGUUAGUGUUGUUCCUAAAUAGAGAAAACAAAGCAAGAGCCCUUUACGAUCUAGCAACAAAUUUCAUCAUCAAGUACACCUGGGGUGCCGCUGGUUUAGUUCUGUGUUCGAUACCAAUAUUUUUCCAGAAUAAAAAUGAAAAUGUUCAUAGUGAUGUCACUGCAGAUUUUAUCACAAACAGAAGAUUACUAUUGACAGCCUCAAGUUCAAUUGGCAGAUUCGUUGAACUCAAGAGAAAUAUCCAACAGUUGCGCGGUGUUUGGUUAAGAUUGAACAAUUUCAACGUUUUAUUGAACGAAAAUAUAGAAAAAACUUCAAGAACGGGAAAUAACAUCAUCAAUAGUGAUAAUAAUGAAAACGGUAUUAUUGAAUAUAAUGAUAAAUUGAUUAAAUUUGAAAAUGUUCCAUUAGUAACACCGGCCGAUCAAGUUUUAAUUCCAGAUUUAAAUUUUGAAUUAAAACACGGUGAUCAUUUAUUAAUAAUUGGUCCAAAUGGAUGUGGUAAAUCAUCAUUAUUUCGUAUUUUAGGGGGGCUGUGGCCAUUGAGGCAAGGUUCAAGUAUUAGAAGGACAAAAUUAACUAUGCCAUCAAGAACUCUUGAUAAUGAAUGUGAAAUAUUUUAUUUACCUCAAAAACCUCACAUGGGAAGUAGAUCCACUUUUAGAGAACAAAUAAUUUAUCCAGAUUCGCUCAAUCAAUUUGAGAGAAAGUUUGAUAAUGAUUAUGAUAAAGGUGAUAAAUUCCUGAUUGAAAUUUUAAAACUGUUAGAAUUAGAAGAUUUGAUAUCUGAAAAUAUGUCAUUAAUUCUAACAAAAAAGAACAUUCAAACCAUGGAUAAUGUUGAUAAUGAUUUACCAAUCAUUGAUACCAAAGAUGCUUUUGAUUUAACAAGAAAUUGGUCUGAGGAACUUUCAAUUGGUGUUCAACAAAGAUUGGCAAUGGCAAGGAUGUAUUAUCAUAAACCAAAAUUUGCAGUUUUAGAUGAGUGUACUUCAGCCGUUUCACCGGAAAUGGAGCAAAAAAUGUACUCAACUGCACAAAACUUGAACAUUUCAUUAAUUUCCGUUUGCCACAGAACGAGUCUUUGGCAUUUCCAUAAUUAUCUUUUAAAGUUUGAUGGUAGAGGUAGUUAUCAAUUUGGCAAAUUUGAUGCAAAGGAAAGACUAGCAAAUGAGGAAAAAUUGAUGGAGCUGAAUGCUGUAUUAGAUCAGCAAGUUCCUGUCUGGGAUAAAAGAUUAAAGGAUUUGACCGAAGCAAGAACUUCCAAUAUUAUCAGAAAGUCUCAAACUGACUUGAACAUGCUACAAUCUAUAAGCAAUACAGCUUUGUCAACAAAUUUAUUAAAACCUUCGAAUGAUGUUACAAUGCCAAGAGGUGGUACUGAUGAUAAAAGGUUAUUAUAUAAAAGGCAAGCUUCUGAAACGCCUAAUUCCGCUAAUAAUCAAAGGCCAACGUCCAGACUACUGAGGGAAGAAGAAUGA